ACCCUUUUGAUCUGGAGGCACAGGCCAAGAUAGAAGAAGACAUAAGGCAACAAAACAUUGAAGAAAAUAUGACGAUAGCAAUGGAAGAGGCCCCCGAGAGUUUUGGCCAGGUGGUGAUGCUGUAUAUUAACUGCAAAGUCAAUGGACAUCCAGUGAAAGCCUUUGUUGACUCAGGUGCCCAGAUGACCAUCAUGAGCCAAGCUUGUGCUGAAAGGUGCAACAUAAUGAGGCUGGUAGAUCGGCGAUGGGCUGGCAUUGCUAAAGGUGUAGGGACGCAGAAAAUAAUUGGCAGAGUGCACUUAGCUCAGGUCCAGAUUGAAGGGGAUUUCCUGGCGUGCUCCUUCUCAAUCCUUGAAGAGCAGCCCAUGGACAUGCUUCUAGGACUGGAUAUGCUGAAGAGGCAUCAGUGUUCGAUUGAUCUCAAGAAGAAUGUACUAGUGAUCGGCACGACUGGCUCGCAGACCACUUUCCUCCCGGAGGAACGUCAGAAGCCUUGAUGCAUGUAGUGUGUGUUUACUGCAGCUGGAGUGGGCCACAGACCAGAGAAUAGUGACAAAGAAACUACCUCACUGGGAAUGCCCUCAUUACCAGCUUCUGAUGGGUUUCAAAAUCCAGUCCAGUCUUCAGGACUAAAUUCCAAGAUCUGUAAUCCCACAAAUCAAUUACUUGAUCGUUCUGUCUCUGCCCCUGCUUCAAUUUGCUCAUCCGAAUCUAGCCUCGCAGAGCCCAUUGAUCCUAGAGCCGUCAAGUCUUUUGAGUCUUCAACUGAAUGCCAGAUAACCCCAGAAAAAGAACAUCCUCUCUUAUUACAGCAUCUUUCCAGUAAUGCUUCCUUGGCAAACAACGACCCUUCUCCCCAGACAGGGGAGGUAACCUGUUGCAAUCCAGCUUGCCUUUCACAGAAGACACUCAAAGAAACGUUUGUUGCUGACAGUCUAAAGGAACGUAAUGCUGAAGAACAAGACCGUGGUCAGGAACAUCCUUUGGAAGUGACAAAAGAAGAUAGUUUGGCUGACACCGCUGCUAAGCACGGGCAAAAUAAAGAUGUAUGUCUGUCUUCAGAACAGGAGCAAAAGCAUGAGCUUCCUGUAGACCAUCAGAUGUGCAAAGAACCAGAGAAGGAACAUCUGGAGGAGCAAACCGAGACAACUGACCCAGAACCUCCUUGCCACAUUGGUGAGGUUGAGAAACCUGUUGUGGAAGAAGCCAGCCAGCCAGAAAAUCCUCCUAUGGAAAUGAAAGAAGAUGGACAGGAGAAAGCAGGUCUUUCCUGGGUGAAAGGGAGUAUCCAAAUGUCAGCCUCCUGUAGCUGUACGCAUACGGAAGCCUUCAUGGAAGUAGAUGUAGUUGAGCAGUCUGUAGCUGAAGCGCACAGCUCGGCAAGCGAGCAGAAGUGGCAGGCUGAGAACAGAAGUAUACCUGACCUGAACUCGGACGCCUUUUCUAUGGAGGUGGAGUCGCUGAAGUCUGCAUCCUCCUUGAGUGAUCCGCUUUCCACCGGUGAUGUCCUGCAGUCUAAAAGCACCGGUGAAAUUCCUGCAGAGUAUGAUGAGUUGUCUGAUUUGGCAGCUGAAGACAGCUCUACACCCUCCAGCAUCCAUCAGCUGGACAUGGAUCCAGGAAGACCUUCAGAAGAGCCAUGUUUGUCUCUAGCAUCAGCCUUGAAAGAGCUGCACAAACUCUUGAUUAUCAGUCAGAAAGGAGAGUGUAAAAUCCUUGCCUCCGAAGAAGUCUCUCAGCUAGAAAUGGUUCACAAAGAGCCAGCAGCACAACAAAAGAGGCUUUCUGAAGAUGAGCAGAAAGGCUCAGAUCCAGCCAGCCAGGAACAGAGCUGUUCCUUGUAUAAGGUGAGGUCUGAAGGUGGAAGAGCAGAGGAGAAACAGCCUUGUGAUUCUGGCAUAGAAAACAUCAGUAUUGGGUCUGUCAGUCACAUGCAGUCAGCUCUCGGAGAAGGUGCUUUAGAGAUUCAGAAGUUUUCAGGUAAGAGUGAUUUGGUCGUGGUGAAUUCUGCAGCAACAUUUGACCAGGAACAGAGCUCUGAGCAGGCGGAGGUUUUGGUAGAAGGUUAUCAGAGUCCAACUAGUCCGACUUCGGAGCAAAAUGCAUCCAUUUCCUCUGUACCUGCUUUGGAUGAAGGUGCACCUCAGGAUACUCAGAGCCUGUUCACAGGAGCACCUGGGAGAAGCAGCAGUUCUACUCCUGAAGGUCCGUGGCUGUUGGGUGGGUGUGAGGAACCACUGGUGAGCCCACCAGCUGGCUCUACUGGACUUACCUCGGGAGCUUCUCCACCGCCUGCUUUCCCUGCAGCUGAUGUUGAUCGGAUCCUCAGCGCUGGUUUUACCACGCGGGAAGCCCUUGAGGCUUUGGAACAAGCGGAUGGAAAUGCAGAUCUUGCUCUUCUCAUUUUGCUAGCCAAGAGUAUCGUUGUUCCUACGUAA